UUUAAAACCGGUGUUGUUUUUAUGUUCUACGAAAAUUCUUGCUCUCGCCUUUCGUACAUAUUUUUAUUUCUGAUCGCACAUUGCGUGACUUAAAUUUUGCCGCUUUCACUGUUCUUAAAUUAAAAAUGUUUCAGGAUCCCAGAUAUUUCUUGUAGAUAGUACACCAAAGCUGACUCCACCACAGAUGUUUCAAAAAAUUAUCAAUGAUUCAUUUAGAGCAAGGCAUCCAAUUAACAACUGCUUCUCUGCUUGCAACUUCUGAGUCUACACAUAACCUCCUCAAACCAUGCACCUAAGCUUUUCUGUUCUCUAUCAAUCCAUGAUCGCCUUUUUCUUCUUUCUUCUAAUCCCUUUUGUAUCUCCCUUGUACUUCAACCUCACAAAUCCCAACAAUAACAGAAGCUCCCUAAACAUCACAGGAGAUGCUUAUAUUUCAGAGCAAGGCAUCCAACUCACCCCAGAUCCAGAUGAGUACAACACAUCGUCGUUACUCUCGAAAGUUGGUCGAGCAACAUAUACCCAACCCCUGCACCUUUGGGACAAUGCUACAGGACAACUGGCGGACUUCAAUACCCAUUUCUCCUUCUUCAUAGCUCGAAGAAAUUACAACGAUUCUAUUGGCUUCGGGCUUGCCUUCUUUCUUGCUCCCAACGGCUCAAAUAUCCCCAAUGAUUCAUUGGGUGGUCGCCUUGGUCUCACCAACAGUAACUAUGCGAAUCCUUUUGUUGCGGUGGAGUUUGAUACUUACAGGAACAAUGAGUGGGAACCUGACUAUCCUUUCAACCACGUAGGUAUCAACAUCAACUCUUCAACUUCGGUUAGAUAUAAGGAAUGGUAUGAUGUUUUUAAUCUUGGGAGAACAAAUGAUGCUUGGAUUAGCUACGAUUCUAGCUCACAAAAUCUUAGUGUUGUGUACACAUUUGUUAGAAAUGAUUCCACAAUUCAUAAAAAUGACCUUAGUUAUGUAGUUGAUCUUAGGGAGAGAUUACCAGAAUGGGUUACUUUUGGGUUCUCAGCCUCAACGUCAGAGCAAUACUUCGAAAAAAAUAGUAUCAAAUCGUGGGAGUUCAACUCGACUUUUCGAAGUAUUGAUGCUGGCAAAGAGGAAAACAAGACAGGACUAGUGGUGGGGUUGAGCGUUGGCUCAUGUGCUUUAGUUGCUGGGCUGGCUUUGGUUGGAUUUGUCUUAUGGAAGAGGAAAAGUAGAGGGGAAAAACAAGAAGAUCUCACUGUUGAUCCGGCCAUGGAAGAAGAAUUUGAGAAGGGUAGCGGACCUAGGAAGUUUUCAUAUAGUGAAUUGGCUCGUGUUACGAAUAACUUUGCAGAGGCAAACAAGAUUGGGGAAGGAGGGUUUGGUGGGGUUUAUAGAGGUUUUUUGAGAGAAUUGAACUCCAAUGUUGCUGUCAAAAGAAUAUCAAGGGGGUCUAAACAAGGGCUAAAGGAAUAUGCAACGGAAGUAAAGGUCAUUGGUCAAUUGAGGCAUAGGAAUUUAGUUCGACUCAUUGGUUGGUGUAAUGAAAAGAAUGAGCUACUAAUUGUUCAUGAGUUCAUGCCAAAUGGCAGCUUAGAUUCUCAUCUGUUCAAAGAAAGAAGCUUGUUAUCAUGGGGAGUAAGGUACAGAAUUGCUCAAGGCGUAGCUUCAGCAUUGCUCUAUCUGCACGAAGAAUGGGAACAAUGCGUGGUGCACAGGGAUAUAAAAUCAAGCAAUGUUCUCUUAGAUUCGGAUUUCAAUGCCAAACUUGGGGAUUUUGGGUUAGCUAGACUUGUAGACCACGGAAAAGGAUUUUCGACAACGGAUGUUGCAGGGACAGUAGGUUACAUGGCUCCUGAAUACGUCACUACGUGGAAGUCCAGCAAAGAAACAGAUGUCUAUAGCUUCGGAGUUGUUGCCUUGGAAAUAGCAUGUGGAAGAAGACCCAUUGAUCUCAAGUUCGAUGAAAUUCAAAGAGUCAUGGUGAGGUGGAUUUGGGACCUUUACAGAAGGGGAAAGCUUCUUGAAGCUGUGGACCAGAAACUAGGUGGAGAUUUUGCUGAGCAAGAAAUGGAACGCUUGAUGAUUGUUGGGCUUUGGUGUGCUCAUCCGUCUCCCAAUCUUCGGCCAUCAAUAAGGCAAGCAGCUCAUGUCCUUAGUUUCGAAUCACCAUUGCCCGACCUGAUACAGCCAACGUCUUUGGCUCUUUCAAAAAUGCCUCCAGCAUCAAUUCCUCCAUCAGAUGAUGGUACUUCUUCCAAGAGCAGCCAAAUCAACUCUUCAAGCUAUAGUCACAGCAGUAUUUCCUCGAAGGCCACAACUUCUGCAGCUCCAAAUUCUCCAUCUACAUUUGUUCUGCACGGAGAAUAAUUUAAUUUGAAGAAUAUCUAGCACAACUUUGUCAUGUAUCUAUGUACGAGGGAGACCCAAGAGAUCUAUUUUGUUCUCAAAAGCAAAAAGAAGAAAAGUUAUAUAAUCUAUAGGUAUUUUCUACUUU